GUUCAAACAAUAAAUGAAUAGUGAGGAUCGAUUAUGUAGUUAAAGAAAUUAGUUUGUGUGCCAGUUUUGUCGUCCUUAAGCAUGGUUUCUAUUAUUAUUCUAUUAUCUGUCAAACGUCAAGAAGUGAAUUGACAUAACCGCAAAAUGCCCCUCAUUCAAGUAGUGACUCCACCUACCCGACAAUAAUGCGCGACAAUAAAUAAAAUUUCCAAAAAAAUGGCACUAUUUUACCAAAACAUUUGUCCGUACAGUAAUUGCAGCAGCUUCGAAAGUUUGACUGAUCUAAUCACCCACAUUGAGCGCGAGCACAUAGAUUUUCACCCCCAUACUGUGAAGCGACUCGAAGAGGAAAAACCGGCGAGUUUGCCUUUUAGUUACGUACUUAGAUUCAACAGUCCUGAUGACCCCCCACCUCAAAUGACCCCGAUUAAAAUUGAGGAGGAUUUAAAUAAGGCUGUGAUUGAGGAGUUGGCGGAUGAGAGGGCCCCUGAGAUGGCGACACCUUUGAAUAACAAUUAUUUGAGUGUAGGUUUCAACCCUAAAGAGAAAAAGAUCAAAAGUGAAGCGAAAACUACUGAGGAGCAGGUCGCGCAUAUUUUGUGGAAUAGUAAACUGUUCAAUCUUGAUAACAAUCACAAGAAACCGUUUGGUUGUAAUAUGAAAGGCUGUGAGAAGCGGUACAAAAACAUCAACGGGAUUAAAUACCAUUACAAAAACCACCACAAAAUGUUGACGCCUUGGUUGCGAAAAUCUGUGCUGAGACAAAAAUCUGUCUUAAACCCACCGAAAACAAAAAUUUGCAGACAGGAUGUUCACGGGACUUCCAUGUAUCGUGUGAAGCCGUCACGUGACAUUAUCUAUCGCACUAUGGCUCACUUUGAUGGCUACAAAAUGAUACCAAAUGAAUAUUUUUAUAAUUUAAAUACUCUGCCUACCUCUGAUGUAGUGUCUCAAGUGCCAUUAGAAAACAAUAUGAGCUUUAACUAUAAUCUAGGGCAAGUAAAUGGUGAUAAUGACGUUAUUUCAGGGAAAAAUUCCAAUUUUUUUUCUAACCAAUUUUGAGAACAUACCUACUGUGAUUUAUACUAUACUAAAACUGAUUAAUGGAAGAACUGAGCUAUUGUUUAACGACUGAUUAGUGUUGUAUGAACGAAAUGUGAUAAUUAAGUAUUACUUGUUUCGUUGAGAAUAUUUUUGUUUAUGUUCAGUUUGUAUUUAUAGAAUUAGUGCUGUAAAAGACUUGGUACUUGUCUUUACAGGAUGUGAUUAAAACGUUCCAGAAAUAUCUUAGAAUUAUUUCUUGUUUUUGCAGUUGUUUAAAAUAUGGAAUUAAAUUUUUGUUUGAUUUUUUGA